UUCCCGGGGAGCGUUGCUCUCGCCUUUCCGCGAGCGCCUGGUGUCGUCUCUUUGUGCUGAUGAUUCGUGGGCGCAUUCUCAUUGUACGGUCGGGAUCGCACUGUGGUAUUGGUAGUUGUCGCUUAUAUCAACACAAAGAUAUAUGGUGAAACACUGCCAUUUCAACAUGAUAUAUUUUCGAACAACCUGUGUCUUUUCUGGAAUCAUGACAUUGGCGUAUUUCGGGAUAUAUGGAGUUGAUGGAACGCCGACAGUUAUUUUAGCGACAUAUCCUGAUACCCAGAAUACAACAGUUGUAGCGGGAAGUGAUGUUGUUUUGGAGUGUACGGGUAGCGCAUCAGGCUUGUUCGCCUGGUACAAAGUUGGUAGUUGGAGAAAGUAUGUUGCUGAUUUUCAAGGAAAGUCUGGACCAUGCGGUUUACGCCUCGGAGAAUCACUUCUGCCAGGCCUGUCACUGGGAAACGAGGACUGCAGUAAACAUGCUCUCAAAAUCUCCAACAUCAGUAACGAGCACGAUGGAAUUUGGAAAUGUACACACAAUCAAUUAACCAGGAGGAUCCAUGUCCAUGUUGUGGCGCCAACGGCAGAACAAACAACUUUAAAAACAACGAGUCUGACAUCGUCAACAAGGGCAAAAGUGGCAUCAACAUCAACAGCUCAAGCCACGACUACGUCCAGUGUCCCCGGACAAACAACUGAAGUAACAACGACUACGUCAUCGUCAACAAGGGCAAAAGUGGCAUCAACAUCAACAGCUCAAACCACGACUACGUCCAGUGUCCCCGGAUCUACUCACUCAACAAAUAAACCUACAACCUCUGUAACGGUUAGAAGCAGUCCUGGGUACAAGAUUCAAAGCAGAACCAAAGACUCUACAAAUCCCCAAACACCCCCCGUAAACUCCAUGCUUCCCCUGCUUGGCGGAACCAUUGGCGGCGCUCUGUUUCUACUUGCUGCCGUCAUCGCCGUCUGCUGCUUACUCCGAUCAAGGAAACAGAGGCACACCGAUGGCUCUGCUGAGCGGCCUGGCAAAGGCCAUCAAAGAAAUCAAGAUCCGGAACAGGGAGAAGAUGAUGUGAUGGUGGGUAAUCCCAUCUACAGCAGCUACGAUGGGGGCGUGGAUUAUGCCCAGAUAGGUGGGGCCAGACAGACAGCCAGCACCAAGGACUCCCAGGCGUCCCCUGGUACAUCUCAGGAGGUUGCAGACAUAUACGCCAUCCCGGAUAAACAGCGUCCAUCAACACUGAAGGCGGAGGCUGUUGCCUGUGAUGUGUACAGCGUCGUACAGAAACAACCCAAGUCGGAAGGCCAGGGAAUGUCGCACCAGCCGACGGACAAAGAUGAUGGGGCUGCUGAAUGUGAUGUGUACAGCGUGGUACAGAAACAGCCCCAGUGAGAGGGUCGGGCAGUGUCAGUCCACUCGACAGACAAGGGAGGUGAGGUGUCUGAGCUGUACAGCUAGGUGUAGAAGCCACAAGAUCAUGGGUAGUAAGACAAGAUCAAGACUGUGAAGUGGACUGUGAAGUGGACUGAGGUGGACUGUGAAGUGGAAUGUGAGGUGGACUGUGGGGUGGUCUGUGAAGUGGACUGUGAG